AUGCUGGUGUCUGCUUACACUGGUGUCUGCCUACGCGGGUGUCUUCUUACACUGGUGUCUGCUUACGCUGGUGUCUGUCCACGCCGGUGUCUGUCUACGCUGGUGUCGGCUUACACUGGUGUCUGCCUAUGCUGGUGUCUGCUUACACUGGGGUCUGUCCACGCUGGUGUCUGCCUACGCCGGUGUCUGCCUAUGCUGGUGUCUGCCUACUCUGGUGUCUGCCUACGCUGGUGUCUGCCUACGCCGGUGUCUGCCUAUGCUGGUGUCUGCCUACGCUGCUGUCUGCCUACGCUGGUGUCUGUCCACGCCGGUGUCUGCCUAUGCCGGUGUCUGCCUAUGCCGGUGUCUGCCUAUGCUGGUGUCUGCCUACGCUGGUGUCUGCCUAUGCCGGUGUCUGCCUACGCUGGUGUCUGCCUACGCUGGUGUCUGCCUAUGCCGGUGUCUGCCUACGCUGGUGUCUGCCUACGCAUGUGUCUACCUAUGCCGGUGUCUGCCUAUGCUGGUGUCUGCCUAUGCUGGUGUCUGUUUUCACUGGUGUCUGUCCACGCCGAUGUCUGCCUACGCUGGUGUCUGCUUAUGCCGGUGUCUGCCUAUGCCGGUGUCUGCCUAUGCUGGUGUCUGCCUAUGCUGGUGUCUGCCUACGCUUGUGUCUGCCUACGCUGGUGUCUGUCCACGCCGGUGUCUGCCUAUGCCGGUGUCUGCCUAUGCCGGUGUCUGCCUAUGCUGGUGUCUGCCUACACUGGUGUCUGCCUACGCUGGUGUCUGCCUACGCUGGUGUCUGCCUACGCUGGUGUCUGCCUAUGCUGGUGUCUGCCUACGCUGGUGUCUACCUAUGCCGGUGUCUGCCUAUGCUGGUGUCUGCCUAUGCUGGUGUCUGCCUAUGCUGGUGUCUGCCUAUGCUGGUGUCUGCUUUCACUGGUGUCUGUCCACGCCGAUGUCUGCCUACGCUGGUGUCUGCUUAUGCCGGUGUCUGCCUACGCUGGUGUCUGCCUAUGCUGGUGUCUGUCUACGCUGGUGUCCGCUUUCACUGGUGUCUGUCUAAUGUGUGUCUGA